GAAUGACCCUCUCUUACCUCCUCACUUCCCUCGCAUGCUCUCUCUCCCCCUUCCUCUAUUUAUAACCCCUUCUCUCCCUCUUUCCCUCACUCCCAUAUCAAUCUCUCUCUCUCUCUCUCUCUUUCUCUAAAAGAAAAACUAAACAAUGGAAGCUACAACAAAUCAUGAAGCUUUUUUGUUAUCUCAACGCUGCGUUUGGGUUAACGGUCCGGUCAUCGUCGGUGCCGGACCCGCCGGCCUCGCAACGGCUGCUUGUUUAAGAGAACAAGGUGUUCCAUUUAUUGUCAUUGAAAGAGCUGAUUGUAUUGCUUCCUUAUGGCAGAAACGAACUUACGAUAGGCUAAAACUUCAUCUACCUAAACAAUUUUGCCAACUUCCUCGUCUUCCAUUCCCUCAAGAAUUCCCUGAAUACCCUUCCAAGAAACAAUUCGUUCAAUACCUUCAAUCCUACGCUCAAAAAUUCGAUAUCAAUCCGCAGUUUAACGAAACCGUUCAUUCCGCUCGCUUCGAUCACACUAGCGCUCUGUGGCGCUUGAAAACCGAGUCUUCCGUUUCCGGUCAGGUGGUUGAGUAUGUUUGUCAAUGGCUUGUGGUAGCUACAGGUGAAAAUGCAGAGUGUGUCAUGCCGGAAAUUGAUGGUCUUAAUGAAUUCUCCGGCGAGGUUUUACAUGUUUCCGAUUAUAAAUCAGGCGAGAGGUUUAAAGGAAAGAAUGUUCUUGUUGUGGGAUGUGGGAAUUCUGGAAUGGAGGUUUCUCUUGACCUUUGUAAUCAUCAAGCUUCUCCUUCUAUGGUUGUUCGUAGCUCGGUACACGUUUUGCCGCGGGAAAUUAUGGGGAAAUCGACGUUUGAAUUGGCGGUAUUGUUGAUGAAAUGGCUUCCAAUUUGGAUCGUGGAUAAAUUGAUGCUGAUUUUGUCUUGGUUAGUACUUGGGAGCAUUGAGAAAUACGGGUUAAAAAGACCAUUAAUGGGGCCAUUGGAGUUGAAGAACACAACAGGGAAAACCCCUGUUUUGGACAUUGGGGCAUUGAGUAAAAUCAAAUCAGGAGAGAUUAAGGUUGUUCCAGGAAUUAAAAAGUUGAAUAAACAUGAAGUUGAGUUCAUCAAUGGUGAAAAAAUGGAAAUUGAUUCAGUUCUUUUGGCUACUGGAUAUAGGAGCAAUGUACCAUUUUGGCUUCAGAUAUAUAUAUAUAUAUAUAUAUUAUGGUUAAUUAUUAAUAUAUAUAUAUAUAUAUAUAUAUAUAUAUAUUUCCUCUUUUUGUAACUAAUUUCAUUUCAUUGAUCUAAUCAAAAGGCCACAGAUUCAUCCUUGUAUUUUAUUUGCUCACUUGCUGCUGUCUCCUCUAUUGAGCACUUUGUUGAAGUGUCAUUGUUUCAUUCUACAGU